GCCAGAAAAUUGAAGACUGCCACACUUAAUAGAAUGGGGAAAAUGUUUAAACCAAGCUCUCAGACACCUGUUACAGAUAAGUCAUCCUUACAUCUGGAAGGUGGCCUUAACGCGACUAAAUCUGUGGAAAGCUGUACCGAAGAAAGUUCGAAAAAAGAGAAGAGCAACUCCUUGGGGAGAAUGCUGAAACUGGUAGAUAAGGAUGGCUCGCCGAAGAAGCUAUUCCAUCCUCGAGCAGGUUCUCUAAGCCGCAUUUUGCGUCGACAUCCUAAUAAUGAGAACAGCGAGGACAAAAAAGUUUCAGAAGACAACACACCUGGGAUAUUCUCAAGAAUGCUGAGUCAAUUAAGAGGGAAGUGA